GCUGCUGCCGCCGCCGCCGCCGCCGCACACAUGAGUAAACUGUGGCGACGCGGCGGAGGCCGCGGGGCCAUGGAGGGGCCCCAGCCCGACGAGCCCGAGUCCGGCGGCCACGGCGGCAGCCACAAGAAGAAGCACAAGAAGCACAAGAAGAAGCACAAGAAGAAGCAUCACCAGGAGGAGGCGGGAGCGGCCGGCGAGGCCGGGCCCGGGCGCGGCUUCCCCGUGGCGUCGCCGGGGGCCGGUCCGGCCAAGCCCCAGCUCAAGCUCAAGAUCAAAUUGGGAGGGCAGAUCCUGGGCACCAAGAGCGUGCCCACCUUCACAGUGAUGCCCGGGGGACCCCGCUCGCCUUCUCCCCUCAACGUCCUGGACGACGACGAGCCCGUGGAGGGCGUCCCCAUUGAGCAGUAUCGAGCCUGGCUGGACGAGGACAGCAACCUGUCUCCCUCCCCGCUGCGCGAGCUGGCCGGGGGCCUGGCCGGGGGCGAGGAGGAGGAGGAGGAGGAGCGCUGGCUGGAGGCCUUGGAGAAGGGCGAACUGGACGACAACGGCGACCUGAAGAAGGAGAUCGACGAGCGGCUCCUCACCGCCCGGCAGAGGGCCCUGCUGCAGAAGGCGCGGAGCCGGGCGUCGCCGCCCCCGCGGCCGCCCCCGCCCGGGGCCGGAGGGGGUCCCCCGGGGCCCGGGCGGGGGCCGGGCCCGGCGCUGACGGAGGAGAUGCUGCUGAAGCGGGAGGAGCGGGCCCGGAAGCGACGCCUGCAGGCGGCCCGGCGGGCCGAGGAGCACAAGAACCAGCCAUCGAGCGCCCUGACCAAGACGGGACCGGCCGGGGCCCGCGGCCGGGGGGUGGCCCGCGGCGGGCGGGGCGACCACCCCCACCGCCGCCCCGGCCCCGGGGGCCGCGCCCCCGCCCCCGCCCCGGCCCCCUCCGUGCGCUACUGCAGCGGGCCCCGCGGGGCCAGCCUCUCCUUCCCGGCCGGGACGCGGCCCCCGGCGGCCUGGGCCCCGGCCCCCGCGCCCCCCGCCCCGCGCUGCGCCGUGCCCGGCUGCCCCAACCCCCGCCGCUACGCCUGCGCCCGCACGGGCCGGGCCCUCUGCAGCCUCCAGUGCUACCGCCGCAACCUGCAGCUCCCCGCCGUCGUCUCCUAGGAGCGCCGGCCCCGGCCCGCCCACCGGUCCGCACCAGUCCCCUCCCCGCACACCAUCCCAUUAAACUGGCGGCCUGGGCUCGGGCUCGGCUCGUCUUCGGCUCCGC